AUGUGGAAGCCCCAAAACCCUCCAUCAUCUUGUUCGCACCACCCUUACUACCGCUGCAAUUCAACUCCUCGAUACAAGUACUCCUCACCGGAGUACACCCCAUAUUCAUCGAUGUCAUCUCCUAAUUACUCACCCGAGUACACCCCUUCUACUCCCCAAUACAAACCCAAGUACACCCCGUUGUCUCCAUCGUCUCCUCUUGAUCACUUGGGUUCACCCGAGUACACCCCUGAUUCACCUAAAUAUUCACCCGAGUACAACCCAUUGGCUCCUACAUACUCAUCCCACGCAUCAUCGGCGUCGUCUCCUCUUCGUUAUUCACCUGAAUAUAUCCCGUCAUCUCCGAAAUAUUCACCCGAGUACACACCGUCAUCUCCCAAUUAUUCACCUCCGAAAUAUUCACCCGAUUACACGUCAACUUCACCCGAGUACACCCCGUCGUCUCCAAAAUAUUCACCCUAUUUAUCUCCUACAUAUUCACCCGAGUACACUCCGUCGUCUCCUACAUAUUCACCCGAGUACACUCCGUCAUCUCCGAAUUAUUCACCGUAUUCAUAUUCACCCGAGUAUACUCCGUCGUCUCCUACGUAUUCACCCGAGUAUACUCCGUCGUCUCCGAAUUAUUCACCGUAUUCAUAUUCACCCGAGUACACUCCGUCGCCUCCUACAUAUUCACCCGAGUAUAAUCCGUCAUCUCCGAAUUAUUCACCGUAUUCAUAUUCACCAGAGUACACUCCGGCGUCUCCGAAAUAUUCAUCUGGGUACAUACCAUCGUCCACUCUGGAUUGCUCACCCGAGUACACCCCGAAGUCAUCGGAGUACACGCCAUCGUCUCCUGGAUACUAG